UAUGGUGCAGAUGAGAGGUUCAUUUUUGUGGGGGUGGAACGUACCACAUGCUCUGCUUCGAGUUUGGAUUUUAUUUGAGCUUCGAGGCAAAGGAAAUUAUCGGCAAGUCACGUGUAUAUUCUUUGUUGCUGGGCGUUUUGCAAGUCGGAUUUUGCGGGACUAGUUCUGCGUUUUAGAAAGCGGUUGUGCUAGUCGGUGGAAGACGCGCAGAAAGCCCACCCGUAACGCACUCAUCCUUUUUACGACGGACGGACCUCGUUUUUGCACGUCCUUGCUUGUUUUCGUUGCAUUUGUGGGUACUGUGAGUUGUUUCGUUUUGGUUUGCGGUCCUCCCUUCCUACCCGCGUUUUUCGAUACGUUUAUCAUUCGAUAGAGAUACCUUGUUUAUAGUGGAGCCACGAUGCUUUCCAAGGUAGCAUACACGACCACCGCCCGCGCUUUCCGCGCAUCAUCCACCUUCCGCCCCGUCCGUUUUGCAUCGACACAAGCGGGUCCGUUUGGCGCUAACCGCAAGGCCGCCAUGAUGUGGUUCACCAAAGCGGCUGCCGCGUCGGCCAUUGUCGGGUACGGAAUCUCCAACUAUGUUUUAACCGAUGACCGCAUGGCACCUGUCUACAAGGCUGUUUCGGAGGCUUCCACCGAGUUGAAAAAGAAGGCAAAGGAGUUUGGGAUUGAGUUGGAGAUUCCCUUUACGGUUGCGCAUGCAUUUUCGACUGCCGACCAUGGGUUGCAUCCACCUCAUUACCCGUGGGACCAUUACAGCCCAUGGAAGAGUUAUGACCAUGCUUCCAUUCGCCGUGGUUUCCAGGUGUACAAGGAGGUUUGCUCUGCUUGCCACUCUAUGGAUUACAUCUACUACCGUAACUUGGUGGGUGUAAGUCACACGGAGGCUGAGGCCAAGGCGCUUGCUGCCGAGUACGAGUACGAGGAUGGUCCCGAUGACUCUGGUCAGAUGUUUAUGCGUCCUGGAAAGCUUACGGACGCGAUGCCCAAACCAUAUCCUAAUGAGGAGGCUGCGCGUGCUGCCAACGGAGGAGCCUACCCCCCGGACUUGAGUUGCAUUGUUCGUGCAAGGCACGGUGAAGAAGAUUACAUUUUCGCCCUUCUUCUCGGGUACUGCGAUCCCCCGGCCGGUGUCAACAUUCGUGAGGGUCUUCACUACAACCCCUACUUUCCUGGAGGAGCGAUUGCCAUGGCCCGGUCCAUUUUCGAUGAAGUGGUAGAUUACGAGGAUGGCACGCCCAACAAUGCCUCCCAGCUUGCCAAGGACGUGACGACGUUCCUUUCUUGGGCUUCCUACCCUGAGCACGAUGAGCGCAAAAAGAUGGGAUUGAAGACGUUGGCGAUUAGUGCAAUGUUGCUUGGAUUGUCUGUGUGGUGGAAGAGGUUCAAGUGGAGCUAUGUCAAAUCCAAGAAGAUUGUGUACAGGCCCGGAAAGUUUGACGAAGUUUAAUUUUUCUUUUUUUUGCAAAAUGUCAUCAUAAAAAUAUCCAUUUUCAAAAUAAAUGUGAGGGAUAGGCGGUAGCCCCCGCAUUUUUUGCAGAUGGGUUGGGAACUUGGCUUUUUUUUUAAUUUCAUAUGUGUGUGUGUGUGUUGUGUGUAGACAUGUAUGAUGCUUGUGUGUGUUGGGGGGGUGAAUGGGGGCACUCGGUUUCUUUUCAUUCUUGUGUGUGCAAAAAACAGUGUGCCCUUUCUAAGAAUCCUGGUGCCAAAUCCCUCAUAUAUAGAUAAUUUGUUUGGAAAGAUGCAGCAGCGCAUGGCCAAGUGUUGUGCUUAAUGAAUGAACAGUGUGCAUUGUUUUGAAAAGGAAAUCAUUGCUGCGGG